AAAUUGGGGUGUAGUGAGAGCAGAGCCUUUUUUUCAUGUGUUCGUUUCAGGUGUGUGCCAGAGGAGCUCUGGGCUGCAGAUUUUGAUGGCCCCCAUUGUUUGCACCCCAAGGUUCCAUGCAAAUCAUGUUUGGAUCUGCACAGAGCCAUGGAACACCCCACCAGUUCAGUUUUAGCAAAGUCUCUAGGACACGAAACAGGCAAUUUUUUUGGCAGUGCCCUUUGUAAAAUAUUUUGCGGCUGGAACAAACGGGAGAUGUAAAAGGCUUUGAGAUAAUUAAAAUAUGUGAUUUCUGGCUCACAUCAGAGAGAAAAAUCAAGUAUAACAUCUUGCAAAAGGACUUCCUAUAAAACCAGAAAUAUUUGUUUUGAUGCAAAACGACUGGAUGUUGUUCAAAAUGACCUCUAGAACAGACAUUGGUUCAAAUUCAGUUGGGAAGCUGCUUUGCAAGGAGAGGAACAGGCUCCCUGAAUCCAUAACAUUUCAACCUGAACUCACUUGCUCCUCAGCAGAGAUUUAAGCAAAAUGCUUAUGGAUGGGCAGAAGGAGGGAUGUGAUUUGAGGGAGUCUACACAGAACACUCCUGGUCAGAAGGCAGAGAUCAAAUUUCCAUGAAACCUACAGCUCUAGGGAUUGUGAACUUGUGUUUUCAGAUGGGAAGACAGGUACAAUUCUUUAAGAAGGGGGAAGGUGGAAAUUGCCCUAUCCUACUGCUCUGAAAUAGUGGUUGGUGGGCCUGGGGGUUACUGGGGGGAGUAACUGAUGCAUUAAACUCUUCUCACCAGGUUAAUUUAUGGAGAUGUGCAAUAUUUUUGUCACCGUGACCUUUUUGGGUUUGCUUUGACAAUUUUUCUCUCUCUGAAAAUUUAGGUUUGUAACCUGAUGUGCAGCACAUUAAUCUGUUUACAAGGAUAAAUGAGUGAACAUUGUUAUUGUUUGGAUCUUUUUCAUGUAAAAAGGAGAGGGGGACAGAACAUCCCCCUUCUCACCUCAGCAUGCCCUACUGACCCAGCUUCAAAGAUGUGACUCAUGGCACCUCCAGCACAAAGAUCAGGAGCAGUUUCUGGGUUGAUGCAAGAGCCCCACAGGACACAAGGAAGAUGAGGAGGGGAGGAACCUGGCUGGGUCUGCCCCUGGGACACCUACUGGCUCUGGGACACAGGCACAAAUGGAGAACCAUGAUGGAUUUCAGAAAGUUCAGGCUGGUUUUUUGCCUCCUCGGGCUCAGCUGUGGCAGCUUCUGGUUUUUUUACAACUGGACCGAGUUCUGCGUGUUCUGUGAAAACAGCCAAGGUUACCUGUUCCCCACAGAGCCUUUCAGGAGGAUUGAAGGAAACUUCUCCCAGCUCCCAGACAUAGACUGCCACAAGAACCCUCCUUUCCUCGUCCUGCUUGUGGCAUCCUCGUGCCAGCACCGGGAUGCCAGGAUGGCCAUCCGGCAGACCUGGGGCAAGGAGAGGACGGUCGCCGGGAAGCGCCUGGUGACGUAUUUCCUCCUGGGAAGCACUGUGGAUCCCAGCCAGCAGGCUGACAUCGCUGCUGAGGCCCAAAAGUACGGAGACAUCAUCCAAAAGAACUUCACAGACACUUACUACAACCUGACUCUGAAGACCAUGAUGGGAAUGGAGUGGGUUCACAGGUUUUGUUCCCAGUCCAGCUUUGUGAUGAAAACAGACACAGACGUGUUUGUCAAUGUUUUUUACCUCACUGAGCUGCUUCUAAGGAAGGAGAAGGCCACUGGGUUCUUCACAGGCUUUUUAAAACUGCAUGAGUACCCCAUAAGGAGAAGAGGGAGCAAGUGGUAUGUAAGUAGGAAAGAGUAUCCAGGAAAGACCUACCCACCCUUCUGUUCUGGGACUGGAUAUGUUUUAUCCAGUGACGUUGCCAGUCAGAUCUAUCAUGUUUCUGAGAGCGUAUCGUUCAUUAAGCUGGAGGAUGUGUUCAUAGGACUGUGCCUUGCCAAAUUAAAAAUUAGGCUGGAGGAGCUCCACUCAGAGCAGACGUUUUUCCCAGAAAGGAUCAGGUUCUCCGUUUCCCGCUUUAAGAAAAUCGUGAUGUGCCACGAAGUGGAACCACCCGAGCAGCUGAGCUACUGGAACCACUUGGUGGCAGAAAACCGUGGAGAGGUGCUCUAGCAACUCCCCUGCUGGAAUUAACACACUGAAAUGCUCUGCUUUUACAGGGCUACUCUUGACCCCGGCAAAACUCCCAAUUAACUCCAGGUCCAGCACGUUAGAGACUUUUUAAAUGGUUAUUUUAAUCACAGAAUUAUUAAGGUUGGAAGAGACCUCCAAGAUCAUCAAAUCCCCCCUUGGACCUUAUCAACUAAACCAUUGUGCUGAGUGCCAUAUCCAGUCAUUCCUUGAACACCUCCAGGGAUGGGGACUACACCACGUCCCUGGGCAGUCCCUUCCAAGGUCUGACCACCCUUUCCAGGAAGAAAUUCUCAGUUUCUGCACAAGAACAUGCAAAUCCCUUUCUCUCCCCUUCACUCCAUUGCAUCCCUUCUCUACACAAUUAUUAUUUUCUGGGAGAUCCAGGCCUGCAGCCCUGCCCUCCAAAUCCUGCUGCUGAAGGACUGGGAACAUUCCUGCAGUGCUAAACUGAAGUCAAAGCACUUUUUGUUCAGAGACUAAAAUUUGCACCAUCCUCCUGGUGGCCCCUGGUAGAUUCCUGCACCCAUCUGUGCAGGUAUUUAAGGGAUGAUAUUUGGAGCUGUCAGGAUGCUCCUCUCCUGGCAGAGGGAACUGCAGCCCUGCCCUUGCAGCGGGCUCUGUGUGGGCAGAGCUGCAUCCUGGCACGGAUCCCUCCUUCAGUCUCCACACAGGGUUUUUUUUGCAGAGAUGGAAGAAUUUUCCCAUGCAAUCCUCUUGGGACAGCCUUGGGGACUGCAGGUCACCUGGUGAACGUGUAAAGCUGCUUCAUCUGUUCCCUUGGAUGUGUCUCCUGCUGAAAAUACCUGUGGUGGAGCCAGUGGAGGGUGUCCUGCUCUUUUGAUUAAAAUAGACCCCAGAGACAUCUUUUAUAUUUGUGGUUCACUUUGAUUACCUGAAAGCUUCUGUAAAUGGUUUCCCAAAGCUAAACUAGAGUCACUUAGGGUGAUUUAGACAUUUUUUUGCUGUGAGAAACUGGGUGCGUGAGGGAGAAGAUGGGAGGAUUUUUGUCUUUUAAACAAGACCCAGUGGGAUAAUGUGCUCAAGUGAUCCCUCAGGCUGGGAGCCCUGUUUUUCCUUUCAUUCCCAAGCAAAGAUCAUGAAAUCUCUGGGAUGUUUGUAGAUUCCAGAGGCAAAGAAUUGAGUCUUUACAGUAGAAGAUGCGAAAAAUACUUUUGGGCUGUGAGGAGGGAGAAAGGAGUUCCUAAAUCCUGCCUUAUGCUCCUCUUUUGAUUUUCUUUCUCACACAGGAAAGGUCAGUUUUAUCAGCAAAGAAGUAGCAAAUGCCUGUAAUAUGUGUGAAACGUUUUUUUUUUUUUCAGAGAGCAUAAAAGUGGAGCUGUUCCCAAGGGGAAAAUGGUCUGGGAGUUGAGAGGAUUUGACACCUAGAAAGGCUCAUCCACACACACCCACACGAGGGAGCAGGAGGAAAGACAGGGAAAGAGAUUUUAUUACUUUAUUUUUAUUGUUUCUUUUUAUUUUUAUGGGUGUUGGACUUUUCAGGUGUCUCUUUUUACUUACCUGUGUCUGAAGAGCAGGACAAAUAUUUUCAGCAGGAAUAUGCCCCAAUCUGAAAAGUGUUUAGUAACAGUCAUAAUAUAUUAUUUAUUUUCUUCUGGUGUGGAGUAACCUGAGCUCAUGCACUGAUUUUUGACCACUGAUGAUGAAAAAAAUAUAUUUAUUUGUUUGGCAGAAGAAUAACCUUCUUCAUUUUAAUCUUCUUUAUUAAACUUUAAAUAUUUUAUUAAAAUAAAUGAAAUAUUUAAACAGCUCAGUUUUAUUUAAAAUUCAGCUAUUUUCUGAAUACUUUUGCU